AUGUCCGACUACCAGUUCCUCAACUCGUCCCAACCAGUUCCCUACGCAAGGGACCUCCCAACCACUUUCUCCAUCAGAGCGCCUCCUUCCUCGGAUGUUUGGGCCAAACCACCCGCAACACACCGAUUCAAUGCGCCUAUAUUGUACAAAACCCUACCCCUGAGAUCGUUCCAACGGGCGCGAGUAUCAGUCGUUGCGGAAUGGAAGGUCCUCUAUGACCAGGGCGGGUUGAUUAUUGUAAUCAACGGCCAAAAAGACGAAGCGCAGCGGCAAUGGAUCAAGUGCGGGAUCGAACUCACAAACGAUAAACCGCAUAUCAGCGUUGUUGUCAAGGAUCGAUGGGCAGAUUGGAGUCUGCUUGCGGUCCCAUCUGGUGGACAGGCAGCUACAAUUGAACUCGUAAGGGAAGCUGAUAAUACGCUGUGGGUGUAUCUGGUCGAAGGUGUUUCACGUGUUCCAUUGCGAGAGGUUACGUGGGCAUUCGAACAGGAGGAGACGGCCGAGUGUUGGGUUGGCUCGUAUGCUGCGAGACCUGCUUCUUCUGUGACUGACGAGCUUGUUGUUGAUUUUAGCCAAUUGGCCGUGGAAAGUCGUUGA